UUUUCUAAUUUUAAGAUUUUUGAAUAUGCAUCAUUUCCCAAAAUCCCCUCCAGAAUCUGUUAUUUAAUCAUUUCCCUCCACCCCUCUUAUCAUAAGCUAUGCAGAAACACAUUCAGAGAAGUCUUCUAGUAUAAGACAAUGUCUCAUACAUUAUAUAACCCUUUCUAUUCCUUUGUUCUUUAAGCAUUUUCAGUCUUCUUGUUUUGAUUUUCUGUUAAGUCAGCUUUACAGAUUACAAAAGUUCAGUUCAAAAGGCAGAGAUUCUGCCUUUCUAAAAGUUUCAGGGUCUUAUCUGAUCAAAUAAGAUUGAAAUUAGCAAAUGACAUGUCCUAGAGCCAGCUCUAAACCAAAGCUUGUAUAUUAAUUUUGUUUCUUUUCCUAAUUUUUCCAAAGAUGAUUCCCAGUUAUGAUCCACAUGACAGUGAAUAUGGUCUGAAGCUUUUGGAGGACCUGACAACAAAUGCAUAUGAAGUACAGCAAAAGGUGUUAGAAGAGAUACUAGCAAAGAAUGCUCAAACAGAUUAUCUUAAGAGCUUUCUCAAUGGUCACUAUGACAAGAAGCUUUUCAAGCAGAAAGUUCCUGUUGUAAAUUAUGAAGAUGUCAAGCCAUAUAUUGAGCGAAUUGCCAAUGGAGAGCCAUCGGAGAUCAUUUCAGCCCAAACAAUUACUGAGCUUCUCACAAGCUCGGGAACUUCAGGAGGGCAGCCAAAGAUGAUGCCUUCAACUGCUGAAGACUUGGAGAGGAAGACAUUCUUUUAUAAUCUCCUUGUGCCUGUGAUGAACAAGUAUGUGGAUGGCUUGGACCAAGGAAAAGGAAUGUACCUCUUGUUUAUCAAACCAGAAAUUAGUACUCCUUCUGGUUUGGUGGCGAGGCCAGUCCUAACCAGUUACUACAAGAGCAGUAACUUCAGAAACCGGCCUUUUAACCGGUUUAACGUUUACACAAGCCCUGAUGAGACCAUCUUGUGCUCAGAUAGUAAGCAGAGUAUGUACUGUCAAUUACUCUGUGGAUUAGUACAGCGGGACCAGGUCCUGAGGGUUGGUGCUGUUUUUGCUUCUGCUUUUCUGAGGGCUAUCAAAUUCUUAGAGGACCACUGGAAGGAGUUGUGCUCAAACAUAAGAUCAGGUCAAGUCAGUGAUUGGAUUACUGAACCAAGUUGUAGAAAUGCUAUGUCCUUAAUCCUUGGGAAACCAAAUCCAGAUUUGGCUGAUUUGGUUGAGCAUGAGUUUGCUACCAAGUCAUGGGAAGGCAUUAUUAAGAAGCUUUGGCCUAGAACAAAGUACAUUGAGGUUAUAGUCACAGGGUCUAUGGCCCAAUAUAUUCCAACACUUGAGUUCUACUCUGGAGGGCUGCCUUUGAUUUCAACAAUGUAUGCUUCUUCUGAAUGCUAUUUUGGGAUCAAUUUAAAACCGCUAAGCAAGCCACAUGAUGUGGCUUACACCCUCCUUCCUAAUAUGGCCUACUUUGAGUUCCUACCUGUGGAGAGAAACCAUGAAGAGGUAGUCUUGUGCAACGGUGUUUCGGAUCAAAAUUGCUUGCUCAAGGAAGAUGAAACUGAGAAACUAGAAACAGUUGACCUGGUGGAUGUGAAGCUUGGUCACUACUAUGAACUUGUUGUCACAACUUUUACAGGGCUAUACAGGUACAGAGUGGGCGACAUUCUAAUGGUGACUGGUUUCUACAACAAUGCUCCUCAGUUUCGUUUUGUGCACAGGAGAAAUGUCGUGUUAAGCAUCGAUACUGACAAAACCAACGAAGAAGACCUUUUGAAUGCAGUGACACAAGCAAAGCUACUCCUGGAACCCCUCGGCUUCCUCCUGAUCGAGUACACCAGCUACGCUGACACUUCUUCGAUCCCCGGUCAUUAUGUACUGUUUUGGGAGCUCAAAGUGAAAGGAAACAAUGACUUAGAAGAGCUAAUAGACCCUAGUAUAAUGGAGCAAUGCUGCUCCACAAUGGAAGAGUCACUUGAUUCUGUGUAUAGGAGAUGCAGGAGAAAGGACCACUCUAUUGGGCCAUUGGAGAUUAGAAUUGUGAAGCAUGGAACUUUUGAUGCACUCAUGGAUUUUGCUGUGUCUGAGGGAUCUUCAGUGAACCAGUACAAGACACCAAGGUGCAUUAACUCUGAGGUAGCCAUUAAGAUAUUGGAUUCAAGGGUGGUGGGAAGAUUUUUCAGUAAAACAACUCCUUUCUGGGAGCCAUUUAGAAUGGAGACUAAAUAAAAAUCCAUGGUGAAGAUUUGCAUGGCCUUACUUUCCAGACACAGCAAUGUGGGCCAUUAGGGAUUCAUUUCUUCCUGGGUUUAUGUACCAAGAACCAUAUUAUCAUGAUUUGAAUUGUUAAAGUUCUUGUCUUAUAUAUUCUGUGCUUUCCCUCUCAUUGUGUAUGUUGGCUUCGGAUGAUUAAAAUUUAGACUACUGUUCAGAAGGUUUGUGUGUCUUUGGUCUUGAAAUCA